GCAGCUUCUCAAUGGGUGCGCGCACGUCACGACACUCUUAGUCAGAUGUAGGGAGGGCAGACAGCGCAAUAUCAGCUAUUAGUAACAGGUUUAAAUCGGCCCUGGUCUGCCACCUGGUGUGGAGGCCUUGUUGGGUUGGAGGAAACAUGAUGAGCGGGAAGAGCCUGCUCCUCAAGGUGAUCCUGCUGGGAGACGGUGGAGUGGGCAAGUCCUCCCUAAUGAAUCGCUAUGUCACCGACCGCUUUGACUCCCAGUCCUUUCACACCAUCGGCGUGGAGUUCCUGAACCGGGACCUGGAGGUGGACGGGCGCUUGGUCACUCUGCAGAUCUGGGAUACAGCCGGCCAGGAGCGCUUUAAGUCCCUGCGCACGCCCUUCUACAGAGGCGCCGACUGCUGCCUGCUCACAUUUGCUGUGAACGACCUGCAGAGCUUCCAGAACCUCGGCUGCUGGAAGAAAGAGUUCAUGUACUACUCAGAUGUUAAAGACCCUGAGCGCUUCCCUUUUGUGGUGCUAGGCAAUAAGGUGGACAUGGAGCAGAGGGAGGUGGGGCAGGACGAAGCACGGGCCUGGUGUGAAGAGACUGGCUGCUGCCCGUACUUUGAGACGAGUGCUAAGGAUGACACUAAUGUCACAGCUGCGUUCGAGGCAGCGGUGAGGGAAGUGCUGGCUGCUGAGGACCAGAUUGACCAUGCACUACUGAGUAGUACUAUCGAUCUCCAUGGCAACCGCAAAGCUUCUCGUGGGUCUUGCUGCUGAUUGGUCAGUUGUGAAUCCACCUUGUCUUAAUCUCUCUGGCUGAAAUUUGCCCAUGGUAGUUUUGAGUCAGUCAGAUAUUGUUAAUGGUACACGCACAAUUGUAGGUACAAGGUACUGACUCAGUAUUCCCUGAAGAUAAUGGUGGAUGAGAUACAGCUGCGCUGAGGAGGGCCGUUUCAAGGAUUCAGCUGCUGUGUAGGUUGUUGAAUUAUUGCUCUAACUAAGGUACAGGCACACUGUAACAGGCACACUUAUUCUCUGUACUCUGUCUGCUUUCAGUAGUGUUGUUGCACAAAAAGAUUUACACCCAGAUUCAGCUUGGUCUGCCUAUGCAGUUGUAUCAAAUAGUGCUUUCAGAGCAUUCAUUUCAAUUAUAAUUUAAUACAAUGGACAAGACAAUACAUUAGUCCUCUUAUAAAAAGCACACUCUACCUUUGGCACAGUAACCUACAUUUUCCUGGGUUUUAGAGGGACUUUGAACACAACUUCACAUUUUCUUGUUAUUAGAUCUUUCAGCAGAAAUGGAGAGCUAAUGUAUUUUACAAACAGUGUCUGAGUGACAGUGUUCCCAAUCCAGGCAGAUAUUAUGCAUAAGAACUCCCAACAUCAGUAUGAUGACCAAUAUAUGAUUUGAGGUACGAGGAGGCAGGAUGUCUUCAAUGAGAAGGGAAUUGUAAGCUUUAAUUUUGCAGCUCCGACUGUAAGCAUCGGGUACGAGCUAACUGCCAUUUGUCUAUAUUUAUUACCACUGCACUACUGUGUAGCUGGAGGUGUCAGGUGUACGAGUUAGGCAUUUUCAUUUUUAUUUCCCAUGAUUUCUGUACAUGGGCCUGUUUACCAAUUAAGGUUCAGUGUUUCUCAAAGUUUAAAAAUAACACUGCUUUUGCUGCUCUUAUUGAUAAACUGCUGUUUACUUUUCCGUGAAGCACAUUUUCAUCUGUAAUUCUUUUUUUUUUACACACAUUAUGUGACAUUCUGUUUGACCAAGGGCUGAUUUAAGUGUAUUUUCCUGAUGUAUAGAGGAAGUUAUAAUUAUCAGAAUUAACAAUAAGUUUCACAAUUUUGGCAUGUUUGUAAUCCCGUGCUGGCUAGCCUUAUCAUUCCAGUCCUUUAGCUUUGCCUAUUCUGAAGGUCUUCUGUGCUUUACUGAUGUAUUACAUACAACUUGUGCUGUCUGUCAGGGCAUUCUAGGUCUCUGCUGAAUGUGAAAUAGCUUGAGCACAAGGAUAAGGCCAUUACUACUAAUGUGCAUUAGUCUCCUGUCCAUUAUUGAGUGAAACAUACAACUGAGUAUUCUGACAACUUAACGAUGUUUACUUGUUUUCAGCUGGCUGGUACUUUACUUCUAUUUUAAUAUUUUUACAUACAGGCCUUUUUUUGCCUGUAUAGUUAAAACAAAAUGCUGAUAUUCAAUGCUUUUUUUUCUGUUAUGUUUGAGGUACUGUGUUUCUCUCUCACCCUGAGAUUUGCCUUUUUAAGUCAAAAUUUGCAUCAUAUUUCAGUGUGUGUGUGUGUGUGUGUGUGUGUGUGUAGACUAAUAGUUAACAUUACAAGAGCUUCACUGCGAAAGUGAACCGAAUCCAAUCAGGUACAGUCAUAUUUACUUAUUACAUGGUUCUUUGGUUUAAUGUAGGCUUAUAAUAAACCGCUUGUUCAUAUUAUUACUGUAAAGGUGUGAGUACGAGUACUCAUGGUAGUAUGAGAGAAACCUUAACUGUGAACUGAGUGGGCAUUUUAACUAAAUCAAGCUGGUAGCCUUCCUCAAUUCAAAGCAAAAGUGAGGGCUGUUAGUUUAUCAUUAGUCAGUGUUAUUGUUUUCUGGAUUAAACAAAAUACUUUCUCUUUAUUAAAACUCAGUUUUUAUCCGGUUCAAAUGAUGUAGCAUACAGUGUUGACCUGAAAUCUAACUUACCUGAGAAUCAGUGGGUACUUAUAAACUGGUAGCAUAACCCGACAGUAUGUUGCUCUCAUGAUGCUGUCCUAUCUCACUGCAACCAUGUCUUCUGUCAGUAUUUUUUAUGUUGCUGUAAUAUUUAUGAAUGUCAAAACGUAUUUCUUUGGGCUGUCCAAAUUAAUGGCUUAUGUAAAUUGCAAUGGGGAUUCAUUUUCUAAUAAUGUACAAAAUGACACUGAACGUCUGUCUCAUGCUCAGUGCUCAAACCCAUGAGUGUGAUUCAAGCCGUGUGAAAGUCAGACUAUUCAUCUUGAUUAUGUGUUGAUCUAAUGGACAACUUCCCAUACUCCUUUUUUGCACUACGAAGGAUAAGGCUGGUUGUGCCAACAUGCUGGCAAAACGACUAAUACUCUCCAGUGCUUGGCUACAAAUAAAACAUGCAACAUACCA